GUACAUCUUCGUAAAUGCCUGAUGUUCGCAACAUCUUGGCCAUCUAAAGUGGGAUUCAACCAAGCGAAAGGGCCGCCAUCUCAUCCCUGCGAUUCAAUCACAGCACCUUCAAAGCAGCAGUAGCAACCAUGACAACCUUGACCAAGCCCACGAUCCCCUUCAGCGAGGCGCCCUGGAUCUCCGGCCUGCCCAGUCCCUACUUUAAGGAGUCGCAUAAGAAACUCCGCGAAUUUGUGCGCAGAUGGACAGAUCAGCACCUCUUCCCCAACGCUGCACGUCUUGAAGAGAGCGGUAAAGCUGACCCAAAGAUCUACGCCCAAGCUGCCAAGGAUGGCCUGCUGAUCCCAUUUGCUCUCGGAGCAAAGAUACCACGCAAACUCUACGAUGAAUUCGCCGAAGGUAUAAAGCUGCCGGCCGGUAUCGAACCCGAGGAAUGGGAUCACUUCCACGACUAUGUGCUCUGUGACGAGCUGCACCGCGUUGGCAACGGCAGUGCGAUCAUGUCCAUGUACGGCGGGUUGGCUUACGGAGCAGGACCGAUUGUGAACUUUGCGAGCAAGAAGCUCCAGGAACGCUUCCUCCCUGAUCUUCUGACGGGUAGAAAGCGAAUUGCCCUCGCCAUUACGGAACCAAAGGCAGGGUCAAAUGUCGCGAACCUUUCAACCACCGCCGAGCUAACGCCGGACGGCAGACACUUUAUCAUCAACGGAACCAAGAAAUGGAUCACAAAUGGCGUCUGGUCCGACUAUUUGACAACGGCAGUGCGUACUUCUGGAAAGGCAGGUGACUCCAAUGGAAUUACCUUCAUCAUCAUCCCCGUUCGUGGUCCGGGAUCCGAAGGCGUGGAGUUGAAGCAAAUGAAGAUGACGGGUAGCAGCGCGAGCGGCACGACGUUUGUCGACUUUGACCAAGUCAAAGUGCCACGGGAAAACGUGAUUGGUAAGGAAGGUGAAGCGCUGAAGUACAUCUUCUACAACUUUAACCAUGAGCGUAUGACGAUUGCUAUCUUCGCCAACCGUUACGCCCGAGUAUGCCUUGAAGACGCGAUCGCACAUUCCAUACGCCGCGAGGUAUUCGGUAAGAAGCUGAUUGAGAACCCUGUGGUCCGCUACGAAAUUGGUCACAUGGCACGGCAAGUCGAGUCUCUCCAAGCUUGGAUCGAAAUGCUGCUGUACCAGCAGAACAACCUCACCGUCGAGCAAGCCAAUGUCCUAACCGGUGGCCAGACGGCCGCUUUAAAGGCGCACGCGGGAAUCGUGCUCGAGAACGUAUGCAGUGGCUGCACACAGCUGUUGGGUGGCCUGGGCCUGACGCGCGGUGGUACCGGUGCGCGCAUUGAGCAGAUUUGGAGGGAGGUCAAGGCGUUCACCAUCCCCGGUGGAUCCGCAUCCGUGAUGAUCGACCUUGCCGUCAGGCAGCAGCUCAAGCUUAUUCAGUCGCUGGCGCAGGAGGGACGCAAGAGCGGCUCCAAGCUGUAGUUUCACUUCCCUAUGUAGAAGCAGAACUACCUCCCUAGCCACUGCCUGCGGACCACAGCUGUGCCUGAACUGGCCUAAGAUAUGGGCCCUUAAGCGUACUAUAAAGUGCAACCCCGUAGAACAUCAACAAAC